AUAAUAAUGAGAUUAGCUUUUAACAAAGGAAAAGACCAUAUAAUUAACGCAAUGGGGGUCACAGAACAACUCUUGAGGAUGAUGCCAAGCCACGAGAAAAGAGCGGCAAUUAAGAGUUUAAUGAUUCAGGACAUUAAGCAGCACAAAAGUGCUACAGAGAGUUUCUAUGAGGCCACAAAGGAAAUUCUUCCCAAUGUUGAAGAGAGUGUUGAGAAGAGCUUGCUUGAGAAGUAUGUCAACGCUUUCGGUAAUCAUGCUGAUAGAAAAGAGAUCUAUCAACACUAUCUUAACAGAGAGAGCGAUUUUGAGGAAAUUAAAGAAAAAGAAGCAGAUUUUGUUGCUUCUAAUGCUACCCUCGACCCUUUUGAGACUCUCAAAGGCAAGGAAAGAGAAUUUGACAAUAAAGAGCUUAAAGAGCAAAACAAUAUUUUCUGCAGUUCUGAUGGCCAAGGGCUUCGGUAUCAUACUUUAGAUACUAUUGGAAAAUACACCGUAUUUCCUGAAGCCCACUGGAAGAGAAUGUUCCCUAGGGAAUCACCAGGGGAAUUUGGAGAUAACGAAUUAAACCCAUCAGGCAAAUAUGCUAUCAUGUGCACUGAGGAGAACCUCAAACUAACCUAUGACCUUGCUAGAAGAACCCUUCCCAAGGAGAGAUCGAUUGAUUAUGAAGACUUAAUUAAGAGAAGUACUGACUUAAAGGAGAUCCUUAAAGAUGAAGUAGUCUUCGUACAGCUCUAUCAAGAUUUCUGCCUAGAUCUACUAGACGUAAUGAAAGAGAGAGAUCCUCAAGGCCUGAGCAAGGUAUAUGACAGCCCUUCCAUCUUUGAUGGGGUGAUAGGUAUUCUUCUUAGAGAACUCAGGAAAAAGCCUGUCCGGAAUUUUAUUCUCUACCAGCCAACACGAAAGAAGAUCAUGAAUGAGUUCACCGACAUGUUGGAGGAUCUUUUUGAGUCUCAAGAAGUCGAACUUAAAGAACUAAAAGAUGUAAUUGAACUUAAAAGGAUCCUUGAGGUCACCCUCAACAAGGCUGACAUGGAUCAUUUAACUGAGUUCUCAGAGCUUAACCACGAUAGUAAGAAAUACAAGAUGUAUCUGCAGGGUCACCAGAAAUAUUGAUUCCACUUUUGGAGGCCAGAAGAUAUGAGAGAAAACUCUCUACAGAGCUUUAAGGGAUUCAACACAGGAUGUUAUGUUUGGGGAAAGCAAGGUUCUGGAAAAUCUGGAACAUUGGCUUAUGUGACAGCAUGGGCUCAUGAAAACAAUUGGGUUGUUAUCAAUAUUCCCAGAGCUAGUAAAUACACUAGUAAUAGAGUCAAAAUUGAGAGACAUAUUAACGGCCUUCAUCUUCAAGAUCAGCUUGCAAAAGAGCUUUUGGAAGAUCUUAGAGUAUCAAAUCAGGACCAAUUUGAGAAAAUUAAGGUUGAUCAUAGUAUUUACGGGAAAACGGACAAGACUGGAGUUCAUGAUAGUGAGUAUGCCACUUGUCACACCAGCAAUAAAGGAAUCCAAAAUUUUAGAGAGCACGACUCCAGAAAAAGAAUUUGGAAUGAUGCAUGGAAAGAGCAUCUUACAGAGCUUGAGAGGAAACAGAUCGCAAAAGAUACUCCUAAAAUGCUUGAGAGAAUAUCUCAUUUCCUAAAAGAGCCUAAAACAUUGCUAGAAAUUGCAGAUUAUGGGAUUGAGAAUCCUGAAUUUGCUACAUGUGCCAUCGCUGAGAUUGUCAAUCAGCUUUAUAGCACAGAUGAAGCAAAUGUUUUAAUAUCUAUUGAUGGAUAUACUGACUGGUUCAGACCAUCAGAGUACACCUCUUUUAAGUAUGCAGACUCAGGCUAUUCUGUUCCUCCUUGCGAUAUUGCCAUUCCAAGACUUUUCAUGAAGUUUGAUGGACAUAAGAUUAGGAAUGGAUUUAAGAUUUGUGCAGCUACCCAAGAGCCUCACUCCAAACAAAAAAUUACUCCAGAGACUUUUGAAUCCCCAAAGUGAUACAAUGUUGAGAUGGGCCCUUUACCUCUUAACGAAUUUAAGAAUGCAGUGCUUUUUUCCCAACUCGACAGCGAGACAUACACAGAUGUACAAGAAUGCUACUUGGAGAAGAUGCACAUAGAGACUCAGGGAUAUUGGAAAGGAGUAAACUAAACUGACUGCAAAUACCACUCUCUAAAUAUUU